AUGUCCCGGAGCACAGACCCGCCUCUGUCUUCAACGUCUGAAGAGAAAGAAAUCAAUAUGGACUCGGAACGUGCAUCUAGCGAUAAAAGCGCUGAAAUAGAGCGUGCCAGUUCGGAUGAUAUGACUUUCGCUCCUAUUACCGCGGCGGCAGAUGAGAAACGCAGUGCGCCAUUGCAGAAGCAGAAGUCUAAUGCUUCGAAACCGCUGGAGCGUAGUUGGUCGCUUAAUGAUGGUGUUAGCAUUGGUGGGAAUGAUGUUGAGGCUGAUGAAGCUGCCAAUGAGGACGACUCUUUUACAGUUGGAUGGGAUGCGGGUGAUCCUUUGAAUCCGCGGAAUAUGAGUACUGCACGGAGGUGGAUGGUUACUAUGAUUGUUUCGAUGGGAUCGCUUUGUGUGACUUGUACUUCGUCUAUGUAUACGACGACAUAUGCGCAGUUAAUGGAUGAGUUCGGGUGUUCGCAAGAGGUUGCGACUCUUGGCUUGUCGUUUUUCAUUUGGGGUCUUGGAGUUGGUCCGCUGUUCUUGAGUCCCCUAUCUGAGUUCUAUGGCCGACGAAACAUCUAUAUCGUUUCAUUUUCGCUAUUCCUCAUCUGGCUAAUUCCAUGUGCCGUGGCCAAGAACACUGCAACAAUGCUUGUCUCUCGUUUCUUCAAUGGAUUGUCCGGUAGUGCAUUCUUGAGUGUCGCUGGUGGCACUGUGGGCGAUAUGUUUGAUCGCCAUGAGCUUGCUUUCCCCAUGAUGCUUUAUACAGCGAGUCCAUUCAUUGGACCCGAAGUCGGUCCUCUUGUUGGUGGUUUCAUCAAUGCUUUUACCACAUGGCGUUGGACUUUCUAUGUGCUCCUGAUUUGGACUGGUGUCUUGCUAGUCUCAAUGAUCUUCCUUGUCCCGGAGACUUACCACCCAGUACUUUUGAGGCGCAAGGCCCAAAGGCUCCGCAAGGAAACCGGAGAUGACCGAUGGAAAGCUCCGAUCGAAAAGCUACAACGCAGCGUGGCGCAGACUGUCCUGCGAUCUAUGUAUCGCCCAAUUCUUUUAUUGGCAUUGGAGCCGAUGUGUCUGUGCCUUUGUAUUUUUUCGGCCAUUCUGCUGGGUAUUCUGUACCUCUUCUUUGGAGCAUUCCAGCUAGUCUUUUCCAACGUCUAUGGACUGGACAUCUGGCAACGAGGCUUGUGUUUCCUUGGCCUGUUUGUUGGUAUGGUAUUUGCCAUUCUGUCAGAUCCAAUCUGGCGCCGGAAUUAUAUUCGCCUGGAGCGCAACCAUGAGAAAGCCACAAACAAGACCGAUGACUUCCAGCCGGAGUGGCGGCUCCCCCCAGCCAUUCUGGGUGGACCCUUGGUCACAAUAGGUCUAUUCAUCUUUGCUUGGACAAUUUACCCUGACGUACAUUGGAUUGCACCCAUCAUUGGCAGUGGAGUUUUUGGAGCAGGAACCAUCUUGGUUUACUCGGGGAUCUUUACAUUCCUGGUCGAUGCAUAUCCAACCUUUGCCGCCAGUGCUCUGGCAGCGAACAGCUUCACUCGGUCGUCUUUUGGAGGUAUCUUCCCUCUGUUUGGAAUCCAAAUGUAUAACAAUCUCGGAUAUCACUGGGCGACUUCCUUGCUAGCGUUUUUAACCCUUGUCAUGACUCCAUUCCCGUAUCUCUUUUAUAAAUAUGGCAGCCAGAUCCGAAAGAAGAGCCGGUUCGCAACGUCGCAGGUGUGA